AUGGCAGUCCUGAAAGUGACGUUCACCAGGACCAAUAGGGACAAGUUGGCCCAGGCUCUGUGGUUCCUGAACUGGAUCUCCGUGGUGACGGGGGUCAUCCUCCUCAGCCUCGGCCUCUUCCUGAAGGUGGAGCUCCAGAAGCGCGGCGAGCUGAUGUCGGAGCGCGACGUCCACGCCGUCCCCCACAUGCUGAUCGGCGUGGGCCUCGCCGCCUGCGCCAUCAACUUCCUGGGCGGGAAGAUGUGCUGUGAGGGCGCGGACGCCGCCGCCUUCCUCCGCUGGAAGCUGCUCAUGCUCCCCUACAUCGUUGUCACCUUCUGCUUCACCUUCUGCCUCCUGGCGGGGGCGCUGCUGUGUCACAGCACGCGCGGCCAGCUGGAGGAGUCGCUGGCGCUGGGGCUUCGCGACGCUCUGCGCCACUACAAGGACACGGACACGCCGGGCCGCUGCUACCUCAAGCGCACCGUGGACCUGCUGCAGAUCCAGUUCCAGUGCUGCGGCAACAACGGCUUCCGGGACUGGUUCCAGAUCCAGUGGGUCAGCAAACGCUACCUGGACAUGUCGCAAUCAGAGGUGGUGGAUCGCCUAAGGAGUAACGUGGAGGGGAAGUACCUGACGGACGGGGUGCCUUUCAGCUGCUGCAACCUUAACUCCCCCAGGCCCUGCAUCCAGCAUCAGAUCACCAACAACUCGGCCCACUUCAACUACAACUUUGAGGUGGAGGAGCUGAACCUGUGGCAGCGCGGCUGCCGGCAGGCCCUGCUGGACUACUACACCCAGAUCAUGCACUCCAUCGGCUCCAUCGUGCUCCUCAUCUGGCUCUUCGAGCUGUCGGUGCUGACGGGGGUGCGCUACCUGCAGACGUCCAUGGAGAACGUCCUGCGUCUGGGGGACCCUGAUUCCGAGUCCGAUGGCUGGCUGCUGGAGAACAGCUUUGCAGAGACAGCCCGCUACAACUUCAACAUCAUCAAGAACCUGGGCAAGUGCUACCAGGGUGACGAGGAUGACGACCCCAACAUUAACAUCCCCACCGCGGUCGAGCACAGGCAAGACAAUGUGCCGCCCAAAAAAAUCUCUGCGGCUAGCUAG